AUGGAGCGCAGCGGAGACACGGCCGUGUGGCGGCUCCGCGCCACCGCCGCACAGCGCGACCGCCGCCAGCCGCCGCCGCGGGAGGACGGGGAGCGCGGGGCGGGCGGCAAGAAGCGGGGCGGGCCGCGGCGGCGGCCGCUGCUGCCGCUGCCCGAGGCGCGGGGGGCGCCGCUGGUUCUGCUGUACCUGCUGGUGCUGCGGGCGCUGGCGCAGGUGUCGCACCGGCAGCUCCUGAGCAGCCCGCCCGCCGCCGCCGGGCCCCGCGACUUCAGCGCCGCCCGCGCCAGGGAAUACCUUGACAACAUAACAGCAAUUGGGCCCAGAACAGUUGGAAGUCCAGAAAAUGAAGUUCUUGCAGUUAACUACCUCUUAGAACAAAUUAGGGGGAUAGCAGGAGAAAGUACAGAUGCUCACAAAAUAUCUGUAGACAUACAGAGGCCCACAGGCUCCUUCAGCAUUGACUUUUUAGGAGGCUUUACUAGUUACUAUGCAAACAUAACCAAUGUUAUAGUGAAGCUGGAACCUCGAAGUGGAGCUGAGCAUGCAGUAUUAUCCAAUUGCCACUUUGAUUCUGUACCAAAUACCCCUGGUGCCAGUGAUGAUGCUGUUAGCUGUGCAGUGAUGCUUGAAAUACUUAGCACACUUUCAAAAUCAUCAGAGUCCCUGCAGCAUGCUGUCAUAUUCUUAUUUAAUGGUGCAGAAGAAAAUAUUUUGCAGGCUAGUCAUGGCUUCAUUACGCAACAUGAGUGGGCCAAGUCAAUCAGAGCUUUUAUUAACCUGGAGGCAGCAGGUGUAGGAGGAAAAGAACUUGUUUUUCAAACAGGACCUGAGAACCCUUGGUUGGUACAUGCAUACGUAGUUGCAGCCAAACAUCCCUUUGCCUCUGUGGUGGCACAGGAAAUAUUUCAGAGUGGUAUUAUCCCAGCGGAUACAGACUUCCGUAUCUAUAGGGAUUUUGGCAAUGUUCCAGGAAUAGAUUUGGCUUUUAUUGAAAAUGGCUACAUUUACCAUACAAAAUAUGACACAUCAGACAGAAUUUUAACAGAUUCCAUUCAGAGAGCAGGUGACAAUAUUCUAGCUGUCCUAAAAUACCUAGCAACAUCAGAAAAGUUGGCUAAAUCUUUUGAGUAUCGACAUGGAAAUGUUGUGUUCUUUGAUAUACUUGGUUUAUUUGUCCUGGCUUAUCCUGCUCGCAUUGGCACAAUCAUGAACUAUAUUACAGCAGCAAUUGCUUUUAUUUACUUAAGCAAAAAAGUAUUACAGUCAAAAACCAGAGCUAUUCAUAACCUGAAGAAAUUAUUUACUGCAUUUGGCUUGACACUGACGAGUUGGGUCUGCACACUGGUGGCCGUGCUUAUUGUGGCAGUGUUUGUCUCUCUCAUUGGACGGGCUCUUUCUUGGUACACCCAUUUCUACGUUUCUGUGUCUCUCUAUGGCAGUGCAGCUGCAGCUAAGCUUAUUCUUGUGCAUAUGCUGGCCAAGAAGUUUUUCUACAAGAAUAUGAAUGAGCAGUACCUGGGAGAUAUUUUUUUUGAUGCUUCAUUGAUGAUUUGGUCUAUAGCAUUAGCUGUGAUGACUCAGAUGGGCCUUUGUUCAGCAUUCAUUUGUACAUUAUGGGUAGCAUUUCCUUUACUCACUAAGCUGAUGAUCCACAAGGAAUUCCACCAAAAAGGUGCCACAAUGAAGUUUAUUGUGAUGUACAUGCUGGGGAUGUUUGUUCCCUAUCUAUAUAUGCUGUACCUUAGCUGGACUGUAUUUGAAAUGUUUACACCUGUCAUGGGACGAAGUGGUUCAGAAAUUCCACCAGAUAUGGUAUUGGCAGGAUUUAUUGUGGUCUUCACUAUGAUACUGUCAUCCUAUUUUGUUAACUUCAUUUACCUUGUCAAAAGUACAAAAACGACGCUAGUAACUUUAACUACUGUGUUUGUAGUCACUCUCAUUCUCGUUUGUAGUGGAAUCUUCUUUCCUUACAGUUCAGAUGCAGCUAAUCCAAAACCUAAGCGAGUCUUUCUCCAGCACACAAGCAGAAGAUUUCAUGAUCUAGAUGGAAAUGUGGUUAAAAGUGAUGCUGGUAUAUGGAUUAAUGGAUUUGAUUAUAAUGGAAUAUCUCACAUAACUCCCCAUGUACCUGAAAUUAAUGACACUAUUAGAACUCCAUGUGAGGAGCAGGCUCCCUUCUGCGGCCUUCCUUGGAUUCUGCCAGUGCAUUUCAUGUUCCGGAAAAACUGGUAUCUUCCUGCUCCAGAAAUUUUGCCAAGAAGCCCCAUUCAAUUUAAAGUUCUGUCCAAGGAGCUGAUGGCCUUGAACUCUGUGAGGUUAAGCUUUGAAGUAUCUGGCCCAAGUCACAUGUCUCUGUACGUUCGGCCACACGAAGGGUCGGCUCUGUCCAGCUGGUCUCUCGGGGAUGGCACACCGGUUGCUAGCAUAGGAGGAGACUACUUUGUGUUUUACUCCCAUGGGCUGCAGGCUGCACCCUGGCACUUCUGGGUAGAGCUGACGACCCCAGAAAAGCAUUCUGAUGGAAUAGUCUCCGUCGCCAUAGCAGCACAUUACUUUUUUGGGGAAGAUCAAAAGUCACCUCAACUCUAUGCCUUACUGGAGAGGUUUCCAAACUGGACGUUUUCUUCUGGUUGGUCCUGCACUUACGACCUUUUUGUCUUUUGACAGCAAUGCUGCAGGGCAAGUAGGGCUAUCUCUGAUGCAGAAUACAGUUGUGGCAAGCACUUUCUAACAAGAUGCCAGAGACUUCAACAAGAAUUUAAAGUACUUCAGCAACAAAUGGUGUUUCUUUGGCAGUUUGACUAUUUAAAGACUACUGCUUUCUUGGGGAUAUAUAUAAUGGUACUUGUGUCAAUGUGAAUGCAGUUCACCUUGGUUCUUCCACUGAAGUGGCAGUUUGGCUAGUGGGUUUUUUAAAAUGAAAACUGCACUUAGUGGCAGCUGUAAUGGGAAGGCUUCAUGGAAUUAUUCUGAUGCUAUGUGAAAUAUAAGUGUACUUCACCUAUAUAUGGAGUAUCACCUACCAAUCCUAUCCGUCCUAUUCAACUCAGAUCUUCAGCUAAAAAAUGCUUGUUCCCUUGGUGGGGCGACAGAGGUGGCAAAGUCCUAAACAUUACUUUUGUCACUGGAUGAAGUCACUGAAAGCUAAGGUGCUUGUGCGGGUUGCAUUCCCACUCCUUAGCAAAUGCACAAUGCAGAAAAAUCAGUCCUAUGAUGGAAUGUGGUAAUUAUCUAUCUUGUCUGUCUAUCUGUCUGUCUAUCUCUCUAUGUAUCCAUCCAUCCAUCCAUC